GCAGUAACGGUCACUGCUGUCUUCCCGCCUGAGGGGAUGAUGGCGGGAAUGGGGAAUGAGGCAACCUCUCUGAGGACGGACCUGCUCGCUGCCAUGGAGCUGGGAAAUAAAGUGGAACCCCAGAUUGGAGACUUAGUGAAAAGGAUCAAGGCCCUAAUUGAAGAGAAAAGAGUGAACAACGAGGAACUGAAGAAGUUGCAGGCACGGCGAGGAGAAAUGGAGAAGGAACUCGAUGAGUUGAAUCAGGAGAUCUUUCAUCUGGAGGGUGACUUCAACACUAAGGAAGCAAAUUUGAAGAGGCUGCAUUUCCAGUACGAUCAGAGUAAAGCUCAGACUGAGAGACAGCUGGACGUGAGCCGGGAGAGCAAACAAAGAAUUGAGGCGCUAACUGCCCAGAUUGAGGAAGAGAAGCUGAAGAGGAAGAAAGAAAGGAACACAUUUGAGCAGCAACUUGAGGAACUCAUCAGCAAGCACAAGUGGAUGGCUGAAUUUUACCAGACUCCGGCCAGGCUUGAACUGGAGAUGCGGAACAUUGAAAACUCCGAGCAGCAGCUCCUGAGCGAAGAGCGCACAAUGCUGGAGAAGCUGGGCACCCUGGACAAGGAACUGGACUCUCUCCGGCAACGGGGAGCUGCUUCUGACGAGGCCGUCUUCCUGCACAGCAAAGAGGCAAAGUUUACCCACCAACUGUUUGAGGAAGAGAACAAAGCAGUGAAAAGGAUGUUCAGAGAGGUUUCGGAGUGUUCCUCAGAUCUUCAGCAGAUACCAAAGCUAAGCAGGUUUCUGAAGGAACGGGAGGCCAUCGUGCAAGGCGCGGACGGAGACACGGACGAUCGCCAGAAGGAAGCAUGGCAGCCCUAAACAGGAGGACCGUGUGCACACUUGAGAGCUAUCGUGACAGAGAGAGAGAGAGAGCGCGAAAAUAAAAUCCUAGAUGAGUGGUUCCAGUGCUCACAAACACAAGCUCUUGUCAACGUCGGAUGGAACGAACGUGGCACCCAGAAACGAAUGCAUGACCGACAUUGAUUCAGCUUGGUGCCUGGCAAAUAGGAACAUUAAA